AUGCCUGCAUCAGAGGACCGCCGACGCGGCGCGGCCGUACGCCCUACAGGCGUUUCAUCUCGGGACUCGCCUGCGCCUUCUUAUGCUCAGCGUAGUCCAUCCCUUCUUGACUCUUCUCCGUAUCUCGCUAUCUCCCACGGAAGUCGUCCCGACCCGCUCGUCGAUGGCGUUUCCUUGCUUGUUGGAGCACCGGGCUCUUCUCGCUCUUUCGCAAGCUCGACGGCGCGGGAGACCGAAACGGAGAGCGAUCGCGAAACGUCCUACGCAAGCGGGUCUGCGAACGAGCCUUGCCUGGAGCGACUCCGCAAGCGGGUCGUCGAGGCCAGAAGGCCACUGGAUUCACAGAAUGACAGAAACUCGGAGUUGAGCGACGAAAGCGGAACAACGAGAAACAGGACUCGGCAGCCCAAGUCGGACCUCCGAGGCCCGAUUCCAGAUGAGGCAAGAGAUUGGCUCCCGCAUCUCAACGUCACGCCGAACUGCCCCUCCCCGAGAGACUCUGAGUGCUCAUCUUCCAGCGCCUCAAGCAUGACUCGGCGCUCCCACAAGACAGGGGUAGCCUGGCGAAGGGAGACGAAUGACGGAGGAACGACGCUCCGUAGUCACCCGUCGAGCCGCCGAAGCGGGGGGCCUGCAGGGGACAAGGAAGCUGACUUACACUCGGAAUAUUCGUUUUUCUCAGGGCCUGCCCCCGUUUCAUCCCCGUCUACGGUCGCCGCGCAAGCUUCGCGUUGGGCGAGUCAGAAAACGCUGUCUCCGGGAACGGUGAGCAGCGGGUAUUCCACGCAUGAGCCCUGUGUCGUCGCGGAGAGUCCGUUGAAUGCCUUGAGUGGGGUUGCUCAGUUCCACGUCUUUCCCGGGGCUGGAGCGCCCCCGAGUCUGCGGAGCACGGCUGGCGCGCCAGGGCCUGAAUGCGUCCGCCCCUUCAAGCGGCAGAGGGAGGAGGGGAACUCUGCGAGGAAGGCUGCCCUGGUACCUGUUUAUGAGAAGGACGAAAACAUCGCCACGAAUGGCAGCGAACCCUGGAAUGAACUGUCAUGCCAACUGAGCGCGGCCUUCUCUUCCAGCCGCCCUUCCGACGAGCUAGACGAUCUCCGUUCUUCGCUGGCGAGCCCGCAGGCCUCCUCAACAUCUGCUGAAGAGACGGGCCGAGACCUCGCUUCUGCUCACAGAGCUCGGCGCUCCGCCCGUAACCCGAGACGCGACCGCAGUUCGAAUCCCAGCCCGCCACUGGGUAAUACAGAGCAAAACUUGAACAACACCAGCGCAUCCUCCUGGGAGCUGAUCGUGUGUCGCCGCCGGAAAUCGUCUCCUGCUCUCUCGUCGUCUACGAAAGACUGCCUCUUUUCGCACUGCGGGUCGCUCUUUGGCACGUGCGCGGCGAUUCUGUCGACGCCGACGCCGCGCGCGCCGGACGCAGCGCUUCCGGCUGCAGCCGUAGGCAGAGCCCCCGUUGUCAACAGGCCGGAGAAGCCAAAGAACUCCCUGGUGAAAGACCUUUUGUGCCAUCGAAAUCGGGGUGUUUUCAACGAUGAGAUUGCCGCAGGGCCCGAACAGAAGCAGGUCGCAGGAACCGUCGGCAGAGCGCCCAGCUUCGCACCUCCCCCGGGCGAGGCGGCGGCACAGGCGACCAGCGGGGAAGGAUGCGCGAUGAAAGCCGAGACAAGCCCGACCGAGGGGCUCGACAGCGGGGUCACGACACAGGCUUCGUCGCCUAGCAAACACACGGAGGGCAAUCCGGUGGUGGCGUCUCCACACUCUCAGCACGCUCCUUGCAGCGGCGCUGGCGGGGUGAAAGGAGGAGCGUUUCGACCUCCGGACAGCGCAGUCACAGGUGAACGCACGGAGGGGACCCUGUCGUUCUCCGUCGGUUCUUUCCGGUCGGCGUCCUCUCCCCCUUCUCCGCCUUCGAAGGCGACGUCUCAAGGCGAAGAAACGCAAAUUCUGACACCGGCGGCGCAGGCCGGGGAUCCCGCGGAAGCGGCCGUGGAGAAAUCGCUCAGGAGGGGAGCUGAGACGCCUAUCGCGUAUGACAGCUGUGGGGGCGCCGCGGGACAGAUCCAUUCCCGAAGCAUUCGGACCGAGUCUGCUGUAGAGCUGACUGCGACAGAGAGAGCUCUCGCGUGUGUGGGGAAAAGCGUCACUUCGGCGAUUGAGACCGGGGCUGCCUCGCUCGCGGACUUCCUCAUUGACGCCCUUCCUCACCUCUCCCCGCAGCCCGAUUAUUCGCAAAUGUGCACACGGUUUGGCACAGGCGUGGUGCGGCCGCGCUCCUGCUCGCCCUCGCUUCUCCGUCGUGAACGCGCGAUUUUCUCCAGUGCACCGCGGGCUCUCAGCACCUGCCGCCUCGCCUCAGCCUGCUGCGGCCUCGGGCAAGAUUUGGAAGGGCGGGGGAGGGUAGCCAUGGAGGGUGCGGGCGUGCGUACGAACCGGGAUCCAUCCGGAGCUUCGUGCAGAGCCCAGGAACUCCACCUUGAUCCACAAGGCGCCUCUGGACACCAGCGGGAAGGCCGCCGCCGCCUCGCCGUUAAGAUAUCGGAGUGUCUUCUUUCCCAGGGGCACACGCCGCCAAUGGGCAGACUGGAGAAGAAUGCUGGUGUGCCGCCGCCGGGUUUCCCGUCACAUGCUGCGCUUUCUCUUUCGUCCGCGUCCGCGGUUCCUCGCCUCCAUGGUGGCGCCGCGCUCUACGCCUACCAGGAGAAUCCACACGUCGCUAGACGCGGCCUCGUUGAGGGGCGACUCCUCGCGAGAGCUCCGGGGCUCCUUCUGCGCGUCAUCCCAGAGCAGCCCGCUCACGCCGUACCGACCGCUCAUCUCUUUCUUCCGGACGCAGAAUCUCCUUGUGCCUCAAGCCUCUCGAAAGAAUCACUUUUAGCUCGAUUGGUCUUUUCUCAAAAGGGCGGACUGGCAGGGAAGGCUUCCGACCUUCCGAUGGACGCCGCAGGCGUCGCACGUGUCGCGGCGAACGAGCAUGCAUCCCAUCUUCCCCAAACGAGCGGGCGCGUCUAUCCCACUUUCAGUGGGUUGAAAAGGACCAAUGCAGAGGUCGCACCGGCUGGAUCGUCUACGCACGCUACGAGGUCUGCUGCCACUAGCCAUCAUCUACCUCCACUCCACGUUUUUUCCUCUGUCGCUCGAGUUUCAGGAAACGAUCCUUCUUCGAUCCCGCCAAAUGACGCCCUGCCGGGCUCCGCCAGAGGUGGGUUUAUGCGUGCGUCUUCUCUGCUUGCCGCCCUUCCUCUGGAGCGCGAGGUGGCUCUGGCUGACGGCGCAACAGGCACCUGUGCUGCUGGCUUCGACAAUCCGUUUGGCAGAGAAACUCGCCGCGACCUUCCUCUGGGUGCACGUGCCGUAGUCAGGCCGGGCAGCCAUUCACCCGGGAAACGCGUCCUCGAGCGUCCGCACUGUCAGUCACCUGCUGCGAAGCGUGGGGGCGUGCGGACGCCAAGGACGACUACAACUGCCUCUGUAUCAUCUGCGCUCGUGUACGAUGAGCACACGUCUUCUGAAAGCCGACGUGCCCUUCCCCAUUCGCAUCCAGUCUCCACUUCCUCCCGCGCUGCGCCCGAGGUAACUGGCGCCAUGUGUAGCUCCAUCGACGUCCAGGUGGAUGCAAAUGCGGGCGUCGAUGAAGCCACGCCAGCUUGCGCCAUUUCCUCUGCUCAAGUGGUGCGAAGAGGCACCGCCACGGCGACGGUUGCUGCAGAUUCGAUUCUCUCCUCGAGAGGCCCGCUGCCUUUCUUCGGCGUCACCUCUGGCUCUGCACCCGUGUCUCGCCACGAAUCUCCAGCAGCGCUUCACGCGAUAAAAGAAGGCUCCGAAAGCGGUCGCCGCGGUUUGCCUUCACCUGCGCAGAUACAAAAACGAGCGGAGGAACGAGUGCGUCGAGGCAGCAGGACAGCAGGGCAAGGCAGGCUGGACAGUCAAAGUCGUGGCUACAGUGGAGAAUCCGGCGGUGAGAAUGAAAUCCGAGAACCGCGGGCCUCGAGAAGUCCCAUGCAGCACGUUCAUUUGCCAAAGGAAAGGAGAGAGGAGAGCGGAGAGACAGAGGCAAUGCCUCCCGGCAGUCAGGCCUCCAAGGCGUGGAAAGGGCGAGCGUUCGCUGGCUCCGUUGGCGCGUGGACAUCUGGGACUGCUUUCCCAUUUCUGGGCAGGGGAGAAAAACAUAGAAACAGAACUGAGGUGAACCCGAGAAGAGAGCCGGGACCAAGAAGAGCGUCAGCUGUCAUGCAAGCCCGCUGGCUGCGGGAUGAACUACGGAGACAGUGGUUGACGGGCGCCUUAACGAAGGAAAGCUUUCCGAUGGAAGAAGUUCUGGAGCUCAUGAAGCCCUUCGACGUUCUGGAGGUGCAUGGAAUAAGUGUCUACAAACUGGAAGAUGGGUGGGUUCUACCUGAGUUCGCAGACGCAGGCGGCCGGCCGAGCAAGGCGUGGGUUGAGAAAAACCAUAACGAAGGAAUCGAGUUCAUGAGUCUUCUUCAGGAAAUCACCGACGCCGCGACGGAGUUAUAUCGCGAACCAGACAAGCCUGUCUGCAGCAGAUAUCCACCAGAGCUCCUACAGCCACGCACGCCUUGA